UCUCACAAAGAAACCAUCUUUCAUCUCCCAAAAAUCCCCAAAUUUUCCCCACACACUGUGUUAUUCAAUCAUGAAUUUGCCGGAAUCGGCCAAAUUGCUGCUGGCGGCCAGCGCCGGCGACACCGUCAAGCUCUUCGACAUCUCGGUGGAGCCUCAAAACCCCUGUGUUCUCACCCACUUUCCAUCGCCAGGCUCUCGCGUCAAUUCCGUCAGAUGGAACCACAACAAUUUGGUUUUGGCUAGCGCUGGAGAAGAUGGUAGGGUUUCGUUAUGGAGGAAGAACGGGCAAAGCUUGUGGAUGGUGCCGGCAAAGAAUGCCAGGGGCGAAACAGUCGAGCCUUCAGAGUCGAUAUCAACUAUCAGCUUCAGCAAUAAAGGAUCUCGGUAUCUUUGCUCCGGUGGAACUGGCCAAGUUGUGAGAAUAUGGGAUCUUCAGAACAAACGAUGUGUCAAAUGGUUGAAAGGCCAUACUGAUACGAUAACAGGGGCUAUGUACAACUGCAAAGACGAGCAUAUAGCUUCUGCAAGUCGUAAAGGAGAUAUUAUACUUCACAACCUUGCUUCUGGCGCAAAGGCUGCUGAACUCAGGGACCCUAAUGGACAGGUUUUGGGUGCACUUGAUUAUUCUCGGAUGAGCAGGCACCUUUUGGUUACAGCUGGUGAUGAUGGGUCCAUUCAUAUGUGGGAUACAACUGGUCGCAGCCCAAAGGCUUCUUGGCUGAAGCAGCAUUCAGCACCUACAUCUGCUGUUAGUUUUUCACCAUCCAAUGACAAGAUUAUUGCUAGUGUUGGUCUAGAUAUGAAGUUAUACACAUUUGACACAGGGUCAAAGAAACCAUCUUCUUGUAUUCCGUACGAAGCUCCAUUUUCUUCACUCGCGUUUACUGAUGAUGGACUAACUUUGGCGGCUGGUACAAGCACUGGUCAGGUUGUAUUCUAUGAUGUUCGUGGGAAACCACAACCAAUCACAGUUCUCCGUGCGUAUGGAAAUUCUGAGGCUGUCACAAAUCUCUGCUGGCAAAGGUCAAAACCAGUAAUGGUUAAUGAGAACAACUGCUCAGACGAUACUGUUCUUUUGGCUGGUGAUGUGGGGGAUUCUGUUCUUAUGCCUGAUCCACUUCCUUCCCGAGCAUCUUCUAGCCUAUCAAUGCCCUCAGUAGUGUCUGGAAGUAGGAAUCCUCUCCGAACUGGGUCUGGAGAUUUAUUUUCUUUUCCUGCAGGAUCUGCAUCGAGUUCUCUUAACUUGUCUGCCUCUGAGGAAACACCUCUCCGAAGCAGCCUAUUGACCGGUGGAGCUCUCACGAGAUUGCACGCACCUCGAAGCUAUAACUUCAAGGAUGAUAUGGAGGUGUUCUCCCCUCUUAUGGAAGUUCAAUCAAUUACACCCUCUGUUGACAAAUUGUGGGAAGAUCGUGAUGUUUCAAAGAAAGAUACAGAGAGAAAAUCUUCUUUUUUGUUUCAUUCUAGAAGAUUUGGUCUUUCAGAGGAAGGCACUACUAAUGAGCAUCCAAUAAAUGACUGGAAAUCUAACUCAUCAGCUAAGCAGGAUGAUACCUCUUCCAAUUACACACAGUUGUCACCCGCAUCUACCCGUACAGAUGAUGCCUCCUCCAUUACUCCACCUGAAUCUUGGGGUGGCGAGAGAUUAAUAGACAAAUUCAGUCAGCAUCGCCAAUCUCUCAACCUGCCUUCUCGUGUUUCAACGCUGGCAUCAAGUAGUUUGUCGUCUGGCUUAUUGCUGUCUGGUUUACAACUACAAGACGGUCUCCCCACGAAUCAAAGUACAAGCAGUUUAACAUCAAGCCUGAAUCUGAACAGUUUACGAGCCCUCAAUCAUGAAGGAUCUAUAGAAGCUGUUUCCUCUCCUUUAGGUACAAAAGGCAUUACAGGCCAAGCUAAUCUUGAGAAUCUUGGUCUAACUCCGUCGCAUCCUAGAAAAUUCUCCAGUUAUGCAGAGAGAAUAGGUGCCACGCCAUCCUUAAAUGAUACUACUUCUUUUCCUGUGGGUUCCCCAAAAUCUAAGAAAACAGGAGCAGAAACUAGGGAAGAGCUUCUCAAUAGCUUGUUAUCAAGGUCUGAAACUCCAUCAGCCUCAGGAACCAGUGCCCGUGCAACUAUAAAUGGUGGAAUGACACAUUUGCCAAAAGCUCCAUUACAGUCGGACUCACAGCAGGGAAAUUCUUUCACACUCCAGCUUUUUCAGCGCAUGCUUGAAGAAACUCUUGCUUCGUUUCAGAAAACUAUCCAUGAUGACAUGCGUAAUCUUCACCUGGAAAUAUUAAGGCAGUUCCAUAUGCAGGAGAUGGAGACGUCUAAUUCCAUAAGAAUGUUAUUAGAGAACCAGGCUGAGAUUGUGAAAGAACUUCAAUCACUUCGAAAGGAAAAUCAACAGCUCCGUCGGAUGCUUUGAGUCCUCCUGUGAAGGUUCGUUCAUUAGGCACUGUUCGAUUACAGUCGUUCAUCAAGUAUCUGUAAAAAAGAAAAUAUUUCCAUCGAUGUUUCUAAUUUUUUUUGGUGUGGCGUGGCGUGGCGAGAGUAAUUUUUCCUGGGGAAGGGGGUAGCUUUGCUUCAUACAUCUACUUAGUUUGUUCUUUAACUGAAAAAUCAUUUGAUAUCAAUUAGCUUAUUGAUUAAGUGGUGAUUCUUUUA